AAUAGAUCAUGAUCUUGUAAACUAGAGUUUAAUUGGAGAUUUUAUAAAUUCAUUUAAUGGAUUGUUAGUUUACAAGAGAUUUGACCUUGAGAUUGUGAGCUUAAGUCAUGUUGGACAUAGAAUUAUUUUGAGAUAAUUGAUUUGAGUUAUUGGGUUGUCAAAUGUGAAUGGAAUAAGUUCCGAGCCUUGUGCAUUCAUGGGACUCGUUCACGAGUGCACGGCGUUUGCCACGUCCUCAAGUUUGGGUUCUAGGGUGUAACACAAUCACUAUGUUGCUGAAAGUUAAUUAUAUUGAAGUCAAGAAUGCAAGUAGCAGAUAGAUGGAAGUGACGGUGGAGUGAUAUACUCCCCCCAAAAUAUAAGAUUUAGAUUCGGAUUCUUGGCCAUACACGUUUCUGCUCUACUCUUCUUCUUCGUGGUAGCCUGACAAGCUUUUCCCCCCAAGCCACCGACCUCCAUUUAUUGAGGAAAUUGGUAACAAAGCUUGAUUUUUCCCUUUCUUUUCUUGUUAAAGAACUGAUUUUAGGACCUAGAACCCUCCCUUUGAAGAAGAAAUUUCCAGAUCUGCUCUCCCUUCCUCUUCCCUUCGGUCCGUGAGUCUCUGCUGGUUGGGGGUGCGAUUUCCUGGGCUUUUUGGUAAGCAACAACCUUGGAAUUCAUCUUUUCUCCCUUAAUUUGGCUUAGGUUUACUUUGAAUUGUGUUUUGGUUCUUGAAUUUGGUAGCCGCGAGUUCCCCUAUAGAAUUGCCGUUUGCCUCUUUCCCCCGCCAGGUCUGGUUCUACAGCUGGAAAAAUUCUGGUUCCUGAUCCUUCUGUCAAUUUAGCACUGAGAUCGAGUCUUCGGUUUUAUGCGAGUGAGGUAGUGUGACCCAAGACAAGGAAAUCAAGGGGAGUGACGUGGUAGAAGGCUAGCCACUUGAGAUUUGACAUAGAUUCUAGAUAUAUAUAUAUAUACCACACUCUUGUAAGUUAGAUUUUAAUUGGAAAUUUUAUGGUAUCAAAACUGAUUUUGUUGAGUAAGUUCCAAGCCUUGUGCACUUGUGGGACCCAUCUCAUAAGUGUAUGGCGUCUGCCACGUUCCCAAAUUUGGGUUCUGAGGGUGUGACAAUACGGGUGUUGAUUUGCGUGGUAUGGAGUCCUAAGACCUAUACAGUCACAAGCUUCUUAACAAGAGUUCAUUGAACAAAAUGGGGUAUAUAUUCAGUGCAAGAACAAAUUCUUGAGAAAUGAAGCAAAAAAGGAGAAGAGGAGGACAAGAGGAUAAAGGUGAGGGGUUUGAUGAUGAAGAACAUGCCGAAGAAAUUGAAGCAGCAGGUCCCUCACAAGUUGCUUCAUCUCAAGUUCCUCAAAGAUUAACCACACAGAAAGGAAUGUAGCUCAUUCUUAAGAGACUUCCACGGAUUGAAUCGAAGCUCGAUGAUCACAUUUGCAAGUGUCAGAUGGCAACACCUAUAGGUCCUCAAGGGACAAGAGGAGAUCUGUCUACUGCUGGCACAUCCUCCGAACAGCAACCCACUGAUCCCUUUUCACAUCCAGAAGCAUAAAUCCUCCUGUUGCAGUUGUUGAUGCCUAUUAAAUUAUUGUUUUAGUAUUUGAACACUCUUUGGAAGGUUUUCUUAAUGUUUUGACUUUUUAGAUUUUUGAAUAUGUACAUAAAAUGUUGACAUUAGAUACAGUUUAAUUUAAUGCAGUUUUUAACAUCA